GAGAGAGAAGGGAAAAUUGAGAUGAAGGAUGAUGAUCUUCCCAUAUCAACGCCGACGGCACCUUCAUCGUCGUUCACGACUUCCAAAAAGGAAACUUCAUACUCCGCCAUUUUCGGUAGAGGCCGUUACAAAUUUUGGGCUUUUACCGCUAUCUUAUUGUUAGCUUUCUGGUCUAUGCUCACCGGAACUGUUACUCUCCGUUGGUCCGCCGGUAACCUCAACGCCAUAUCCGAUGACAUCGACAUUCCCCUCCCCGAAGAUCUCGACGUUCUGGAAAUGGAAGAAAGGGAGAAGUUAGUGAAGCAUAUGUGGGAUGUAUACACAAACAGCCGUGGGAUCAAAUUGCUAAAGUUUUGGCAGGAAGCAUUUGAGGCUGCCUACGAGGAGUUAACCAGUGACGUUCCUGGAGUCCCCGAGGAUGCCCUUUCUGAGAUCGCUAAGAUGUCUGUACGCUACAUUCCUAUUGAAUCACCACCUCUUCAUUCAUCGGGAAUACGUGAAUUAAGUCUAAGGCAAAUGAAGAGGGAGCAAACAACUGCGACAGGGAGAAAGUUAUGACUUGGAGAAUAUCAAGAAUCCCCAUUUGUGUGAUCACCGCUUUUCACAUACAUGAAUGAUGAUUAUGCCAUCUGCUGUCUGGUUAUUGCGAAAGGCAGCAUUUGUGAAAAGAUUACACUGUCAGUUCAUUGCAUUUUUCGCUGUUAGGGAAAAACUAGUAUUUAUUUAGGAUUUCAUACUUGUAAAUUUUUUCUCCUCUGAUUUUUG